GUGGUGAUGGCGAGGAGGGGGCUCUGAGCGGUACCGACAUGGCCGAGCUGGCGGCGGCAGCUGAGGGGCCGCCGCGGGGCCGCACGCCUAGUCCAGGCCCCGGGGGAGCGCCGGGGCCGCCCAGCCCCCGAGCGGCCGGUGCGGCGGCUGGCUCCGGCGGGACGCCGUCUCCGCCCGGCGCGGCCCGGCCGCCCGCUGCCUCCAAGUGGGUCCGCUUGAACGUGGGCGGAACGUACUUCGUGAGCACUCGGCAGACGCUGUGCCGGGAGCCCAAAUCCUUCUUGUGCCGCCUCUGCUGCCAGGACGGGCCCGAGCUCGGCUCCGACAAGGAUGAGACCGGGGCAUAUCUCAUCGACAGAGACCCCACCUAUUUUGGUCCAAUACUGAACUACCUCCGACAUGGGAAACUCAUCAUAAACAAGGAGCUUGCAGAAGAAGGGGUACUGGAAGAAGCUGAGUUCUACAACAUUGCAUCUCUUGUGCGUCUGGUGAAGGAGCGGAUCCGGGACAAUGAGAACAGAACCUCCCAAGGACCUGUGAAGCACGUGUACAGAGUCCUGCAGUGCCAAGAAGAGGAGCUCACACAGAUGGUGUCCACGAUGUCCGACGGCUGGAAAUUUGAGCAGCUGAUCAGCAUUGGAUCUUCCUAUAACUAUGGAAAUGAAGACCAAGCAGAAUUCCUCUGUGUUGUGUCCAGGGAGCUCAACAACUCUACCAACGGCAUUGUCAAGGAGCCAAGUGAGAAGGCAAAGAUUCUUCAAGAGCGAGGAUCCCGGAUGUGACUCAAGUGUCCCCCGCGCAGGCUGCCAGCGGUCAGCGCGACCUUGUCCUUGUACAGUAACCGAGCUAACGCAAAGCAAAGCCUGUCCUGCCAGCGGGGAAUAAUUCUGGUCAUAACCAAAGGCUUCCCUCCCACCCUGGAAACCAAGGAAGGAAAAGACUCCUCCGGUUGGAUGGUCCUUUCCACAAGUGUUUUCUUUUCUUGGCCAGCGCUGUAUCGAAUCUUUCCAGCAAUGGCUGGGCUGGAUUCCCAGUCAGAGCCUUUGCGAAGGUUGCUCAGGUCCACAGGCCCUCGUUAUCUGUCCCACCUUCCCACAGGCUGGCACAGGUGGGAAGAUCCAUAUUUGAGCUGUGCCAUUUCUUGCACCCAGGUCUGCCACCAGAAAAGUGCAGGGACCUUGCAAUGCUCCCCGGUUCUGAGCAGUCAGCCCCCACCCCUAAAUCAGAACAGGGCUUUCAGAGGAGAAACAAAACAACCACUUGUAAAAAAGACCCCCACAAACUUUUCCAUUUGUGCUUUGUACUUGUUCCUUCUUCACUUCCUAAGAGCUGAGUUUAGGUACUAAGGGGAGGGGAGUUGUGUGCACACCUAGCCCAGGGCUGGCUGGCGACACCAUUACAUAUGGGCUCCUGGCACCCCCAGAGCCCGUGGCUUUGCAUGCAUAAACAAAGAGACCUGUGUUCACCCAGAGUAAUGAUAGAGUGAGAGUUCUGUCCUUUACACUUCUCUGCUGAGGAAGAGUAGUAACAUCUUUCCCUCCAAUCCCCUGCCAUGGCCAUAUCUUAGCCUGGUGCAAAGUCACAAGGUUAGGGACUUGCUGCUGCCAAGCUCAGCUUUGCCUUGUUUGUCUCCAGCAGCAUGGGCUCUCUGUCUCCUUCCUUCUCACUCAGGGGAGGACUUCAGGCAGAAUUUCUUUUGUACUGUAGCAAGCAGGUAGUUUUGGUUUAACCCAUGAGAUCCUUUGCAGAAGAGAUCCCCCAUUCACAUGAAGUGAUUUACCUGCAGCCCCCUCGUGUCCCCACCUUUAAGAAGUCACCUUGAAUUACAGAGGGACAUCAUAGAGCAGGGGGGUGGGGAGGGGUGGUGUUGGUGAAAAGUUGCCAAACUGUUGUACUGUUUCUUGUCCAAAGUGAUGUGUUGACUUGUGACUUUUCUUUUGUUCUGGAAUGCCUUGGAUGGAUGUGCAAAAUGUUCGUUUUGUGCCUCUCUUGAAUUCUGAUCUUAGCCAAACUGCAGUCACCGGUUCCCCUCUGUCAACCUGUGCCAUCCCUAGCCAAGGGCAUGUCCCUCCUAGACUGGUAAAUGGAAUUUCUUAGGAAUUUGCUGCAUGUUCUUCCCCUUUCAUCCUGGCUUUGGUCUGUGUAGCCCAAGUAUCCAAGCACUUGGGUCUCUGAGUUAAGUCCCAAACUGACAUUCAGCAGGAAGCUUCAGAGAUGCUGGAAUUCACAGACAUUGACAAGCUUGCAGCAGAUGUUUCUCAAUAAGGUAUCUGACAGUUCCUGACCUGGACUGAGGAGUUUGGCUCCUUUCUGGAGGACUUCAGCUACCCAGGCUCUCCUUGAAGUUUUGAAGCAGAUCGGGCACGUUUCCCAUCUUGCCACUUGUUGCUGACAGCCUUGCAGCAGUGUCCCACCAUCAGUUCAGCAAACAAGAUGUGCAAAGACACCGAGUGACACCGCUGCACUCUGCCUCCUUUCGGUCCUCCUUGCCUGUGCUUUCCCAUCCCGCUUUGCCAACGUACCUCCUCCGGUGGAGGCUUUGCCUCGUUCUCCAGAAAGACCAGAGAGUUACCUCUGCUAGUUUAGUCCUGGGGACAAAGGACUGUGCCAAAUGUCUUUGGAUUCACCUUGUGUCAGUUCCAGGCUGUUGAAGCACAGCUGGCUUGCCAGCAGGCUGAAGAACCCAGCUCUUCUUCCCUCCAUCUUCCCAGUUUGUAAGGUGGUGAGAUGGUAUUGGUGUGGUUAGACCGUGGGCCUUGGCUGGGCCUGAACAACACUGUGAUGUGUAUAGAGAUCUCUCCUCUGUCAGUAUCUUGUAGCCGCAGUCAUUGUCCAUCUGUGCUCACCGCUGAGCCAUCCAGAAGCACAUGUAUGCAAGUUAACAGCCUGAAAAGCCCUUUCAUGCUCAUUUGUCUUUCCCAUCCUCAGAGGAGGGAGUUUCUGGGAACUGGUUGAGAAAAUAAUCAAACUAAAGGCAAGAGGAACUGAGCUGAGCUGCUUUUGUCACAGGGAUACCAGCUGAGCACCUUGCUCUUCAACUCACAGUGCUCUGAGCAACACCAGUUGCAGAGGGAGGCUCUGUCCAGUACAGCUCAAGUACACAAAAACGAUACCUCGCUGCUUUUCUCAGUCACCAAAAUGGCCGUAGGUGGUGGUUAGCACCACUGGAGGAUUGUCUGACACAAGAGCGAUGCCAUUGCUGCCCUCUGACCCUCAGAGAGCCUAACCAUUGCCAUUGCCAGCUGAGUGGAACAGAUGUUUAACCCUCAAGCACAAGAAAGACCAUGGGAGCUGCAUCUUGAUUCUCCUUUCUACCCUGCUCUCUGCAGCCAGGACACGUCAGGAGGUUGAAGAUUCUUUGGGUUCACCUGCAGGGUCUUUAAUUUCAGGAGAACAAAUGUGUGGUAGAAAAUCAUUGGUACUGGACACUCGAGUUCUUAGGUCAUGGUUAGGACCAGGCACGAUGUCCACCCAGAGAAGGUACAUUCCUAGGGGAGGAUUUCUCCUUUCCCAACUGUGCCAGGUCACCUGGAUCCUGAGACCAGGGUUGGUCUCUGCAUCCCGCACCAGUUGCAUCCCUUCUGUGCUCAAGGCUUCACCUUCCAUGGCCUUCCCCUCAGUCACAGCUGUAUCAGACCUAGCACUGAAUUAGGAUGAGAUUUGUCCUGAUCACUCUUUAAAAAAAGGUUGUGGUGAGCAGGGGUAGAUCUCCUGCUUAUCCAGGAAUGUUGUGUCUCCUGGGAAGGUUCACUUUGAAGCACUAAUCCUGGAAAUGGCAAGGGUGACACGUGGCUUCAGUUGGGAGUUCUUGAGCUUUUUUCCCCUCUUUUUACACUUUCCCAGUGGCCUAAAUUGUUCCAUUAUGGCAAGACUGGAAAUAACCUCUUAAAAGUGUCUUGGUUUCUGCACAUUUUUAACAAUGGAUUCUUCUCAGGGGUGACUGAGUGGGCUGAGGUGGAGGGGAGGGGGGGGGCACGGUUUGGGUCGCUGCGGGGCGAUGGGACGGGGCAGCUCCCCAGCCUGCAGCUGGGCCGUGGGCUCCCUCCCCUCACCUUUGCCACCAAACCCGGAGGUUUUGUACAGUUUGUCACGUGUCAGUGCCCUUUGCUACUGUUUCUCUUUGGUUAUUAAAUGUGUUUGAAUAACAA